AUGGGGGAUGCUCAGGAUAUGUCAGGGGAUUCUGGGAAAGUCUACCUGCGGAAGAAAAUAACUUUGAACCGAGCCAUCGCCUUAACAAUUGGUACCAUCAUUGGAAGUGGUAUCUUUAUAUCUCCUAAAGGGGUCCUGAAGAAUUCUGGAAAUGUGGGGCUGUCGCUGAUUAUCUGGAUGGCCUGCGGGAUCCUCUCCAUGUGCGGUGCCCUGUCAUAUGCUGACCUUGGCACAUCUAUAAAGAAAUCUGGUGGCCACUACAUCUACUUGCUGGAGACUCUGGGGCCCGUCCCUGCUUUCUUGAGGCUGUGGGCUGAAUUCGUUAUGAUACGGUAA